AAUUUAAUAAACUAUAACGCAACAGCUCUGUUAACCAGCAAUGGCUUUGAUGCGAACGACGAACUCAUGAAAAUAAUCAGCGACGGAGACCGCGACACUACUUGCAUAACUACCAACGCUACAGACACACUUUCCAUCACGUUUUAUGGUUUGAACAAAGUCUAUAGAAUUGCCAUUUACCCUACAGAUUUGGUGAUAAAGUACGCGGUGAACUGCACAGGUGCCUUUAAUCGAACCAUUUUCUACACAGAGGUUCUAACACACACAUGGGGGCCCUCAUUCAUUCAUCUAGACGCUUAUGUUUACCAAAUAGAAAUAACAACAAAUGGGAUGGGACUUUCUUUAUGUGAGAUAGAAAUCUAUGGAAGUAUAAAUGCGAUUGCAGUAAAUUUUAAGACAGAAGAUUAUGUUCUAAUUCUGCCUUCACCGAUCACAGAAACUAAUCUGCUUUACAUACUAUUAAUUUGUAUACUGUUUACUAUAAUCAUCUCCAAACUGGAAGAUCUUGAAAAGCCAGAAGAAGAUUUGACUGAAUCAGAAACAAGGAAUGUAUAGUUCUUAAACUUUAAAACAGGCUUUUUUUUUUGUUUAAAUUGUGUUGAUUCCAAAAUCUUUUGAGAUUGUAAUUUCG